AUGGAGAGCCUGGGACCAGAUGGCAGACCUGGCUAUGACCACGUCGUCAGGUUAGCCAACAGUCUGGUGGACCUCAGGCAUGAGGGGUUCAUUACACAGCAGAAGGUGGAGGAGAUUGUGACUCUCUGGGAUAAACUGUCAGAGUUUGACAAGGGUGCUCUCAUCUACCCAGCUCGCCACCGCGACAGGCUGGUGAAGGGGCGCUUCAAAGUCAGUCAUUCUGUGACGAAUGUGACCCCUGGAGCUGACAGUUUGAAGCGCUGCUUCCUUGGUGGAGGCAGUGGACCUGCUCAGUGGCCCAAUGCCAGCCGUCUUGUGGAAGCAGUCUGCCUGGCUCUAUGCAGAAUUUACCCCGCUGGUCAGACAGUGGCUGGUGUCAAGGUAAACAGGUGGGCUGUCAUUCUGCGUGACUACAGGAUGAUAACAGAUGUAGUCCUGGACAGCCCCAGACUCAUGGCUGAAACAAGGUUGCAGCUGUUUGAGUUAAAUCAGCACACUCUUUCACAAUGGCACAAUGCACGGAAAAGGAGGCAGGAAAGGGAGGUCUUGGAGCAGAGCAUUCAGACCUUUACCACUCCCUUGGUAGCCUCUGAACCCUUCCCACCUGUGCUGUAUAAGCAUCCGGAACCGGUCCGGCAUGGGCACCAAGCCUAUGAGUUCAUCAUUCCGGCGGAUGCAUCAGGACAGGCAGUACAGCGUGUUCGAGGCCAACCUCCUCCAGUGGGCUCAGCGUCAGCAGCUGUUGCCAUGCCUGCUGCAGCACAGCUUGCCCAAGGACAGCCUCCUCCAGUCCAGGUGGGCUUUGCGGUCCCUGACCCUGCCCGCUUGCUUCAAGCUACAGCCACUGCAGCUAUUGCUGUACCUGCUGCUACACCUCCCGGUCCAAAGGUGCCAAGGACCACAGCUUGGCGGCGGAGGAAGGCAGCGGAGGCAGCUGCAGCACAAGGUGCAACACCCAAAAAGAGACAACAGACUGAACAAUACAUUUGCCAAAAGUGUGGCCAACCAAAGACAAAGGAGUUUGGCCACAGUCGGUUCCGAGGUGCCCACUUUUGUGCCAAGGCAUCUGGAAAAACUGUGGAGCAGUGGAUAGAGGAGAUGAGAAGGGGACAAAAAUAA